AUGCGACUGAAAAGAGUAAAAAAUAAGCUGUGUAAAAACAUACAUUCGCCUAGAAAAAAAGUGGAAGCACUAACUGUUCUAACAAAACCUGCACAAAAAGAAUGCAUUUCCGGCAAUGUUAUUAAAGAAGAGGACAAUCUGCUUCUAGCUAGACUUUUAAACCGAAAACCUGAUUCCUGUUUAUCAUCAAAAGAAAGUCAUUCUAGGACCACUGAUUUUGACUGUGACAUUCAUCUAGACAAUUUCAUGUCAACCGGAAUUGAUAUUCAAUCAUCUCAUUCCAUUUUAACAAUUCUGGAACCAAAAAUCAACGACUAUGUAGUGGUUAGAUUUUGUACAAAAAAGCUGGUAAAACAUUACAUUGGUGUUAUCCAAUCGACCGAGUUAGAAGAUUAUCCAAAUGACUACUUAAUUAAAUUUGUUAAAAAAAAGACUGUCUUGUCUUUUUCAUCAAGUAAUGAUGAGGGAGAUUCAUCUACUUUUUCUUUACCUACAUCCUCAACAACCAAAGAAACUUCAACGCCUCAAUUGCCUUCGAAGAAGCGGAGUAGAAAAAUACUUUUAAACGAUAAUUUGGCUGUUAGUCUUGAUGUUGCAAAGUUAACUAAUCGAAAAGCAACUGUCAUCCUGACGACUACCCUCCAAAGCCUAGGCUGUGAUCCUUCAACAUAUAAUAUUAAUAUUUCUUCUAUUCGUCGACAGCGAAUAAACAUUCAACAGAAAAAUGCCGAGGCUUUGAAGAGUGACUUUAAGGCAGAAGUGCCCCUUACCAUUCAUUGGGAUGGAAAAAUGAUAGAUAUCAGCGGAUAUGAAAUCGUAGAUCGUCUUCCAAUUAUCGUAUCUGGUAAGGGCAUAGAACAACUUCUUGCAGUGCCAAAGCUCAUAAAGUUCCAGCCACGAGAUGAUCACAAGGAGCUCCUGUAA